GUAGAGGUGGAGUGUACGCAGGAAGAAAGAGUGAGGUUGGAUUGGGGUGUGGACUUUUCAUAAAAUUGAAGUGUCAAAUAAAGGAUGGCGUCUGCAAGAGCGCAACCGACGUUCUGUCGUGGCAACCACACGCUGAGCAUACCAAUGGAGCUGUUUCGUGAAAACCGGAAGCGUCUGUGUGAGAGACUGAGAAGCAACAAACAAGUGCCGGACGGAGCGGUGGUGCUCCUGCAGGGAGGAGAGUACACAACACGAUACUGCUCAGACAAUGAACCGCUCUUUAGACAGGAAUCCUACUUUCACUGGAUGUUUGGAGUGGAGGAACCAGAUUUCUAUGGUGCUCUGGAUGUGAAGACAGGGAAGGCAAUUCUCUUCGCUCCCAAGCUUCCCGACUCCUAUGCAGUUUGGAUGGGAAGGUUGUUGUCUCCUGAUGACUUCAAAAUGUGUUAUGGAGUGGACGAGGUUUAUUUUACAACAGAUAUGGCUGAAAAACUGAGGGAAAUGAAGCCUGCAGUUUUAUUGACAUUGCACGGUUUGAACACGGACAGCAAAAACUACAGCCGGGAAGCUGCUUUUGAUGGAAUAGCCGAUUUCAAAGUCGACAACAAAGUUCUUCAUCCAGAAAUCACGGAGUGCCGAGUGUUUAAGUCUGACUACGAGCUUGAUGUGCUUCGAUAUGUCAAUCGAAUCAGCAGUGAAGCCCACAAAGAGGUGAUGAGGGGUGUGAGACCAGGCAUGUACGAAUACCAGGCAGAGAGUAUUUUCCAGCACUAUGUGUAUUUUAAUGGUGGACUUCGCAACAUGUCCUACACCUGUAUCUGUGCAAGUGGUGACAAAGGAUCUGUUCUGCACUAUGGCCAUUCCGGUGCUCCGAACGCUAAAGUCAUAAACAACGGUGACAUGUGUUUGUUUGACCUCGGAGGGGAAUACUACUGCUAUGCGUCUGACAUCACAUGUUCCUUCCCAGCCAAUGGAAAGUUCACACCAGAGCAGCGUACAAUCUAUGAAGCUGUGCUCAGUGCCAAUCGAACCGUCAUGAGGGCUGUCAAACCAGGAGUGAGCUGGGUGGAGAUGCACCAGCUAGCCGAGCGGACGUUGCUGGAGAAACUCAAACAGAUGGGGGUGUUGCAGGGAGAGGUGGAUGACAUGAUGAAAGUGAGGCUCGGAGCCGUGUUCAUGCCGCACGGUCUCGGCCACUUCAUGGGCAUCGACACUCACGAUGUGGGAGGAUAUCCAGAGGGUGUCGAGCGGCCGACCGGUGCUGGAAUCAGCUCUUUGCGGACGGCCCGUGUAUUGGAGGAAAGAAUGGUGCUGACCAUUGAACCAGGCUGCUACUUCGUCGACGCGCUCCUUGAUGCAGCACUGAGGGACGAGAACCAAGCAAAAUUUCUGGUUCAAGAAGAAAUACGAAAAUACAGGUCAUUUGGUGGGGUGAGAAUAGAAGACGACAUUGUGGUUACCCAGGACGGAAUGGAACUGCUGACUUGUGUACCCAGAACUGUCGAGGAGAUCGAAGCACACAUGGAGCAAGGGAAACAAUCCGGUCAGCGACCUCUUCCACAGGAGAGCCAGAAACCUGUUUAAUGGAUACAGAUGCUCAGUGAAAUGUUCAGACAUUUGUUCAAGACAAAUAAUCAGCUUUGAUUAAAUAACAUAUAUGCUAAGAA